AUGCGGGGAUAUAUUAUCGGUGAUGAAAUUGCCAAAAGACGAUUAAUUGCCAGAGCAAAAUGCAUCCAAAUGGCAGCAUAUAAUGUUGAAUUGGCAAGGGGAGAUACUAUUCGACAGAAGAUAACCCAUGGAAAUGAUAUUGAUCCCAAUGUGAGCAUAAAUAAGAAGAAAAAGGUGCAGGAGAUCGGACAGAGAAGGAAAAACUAUCUUGGGUUAGAAGAAUUUGUUGGGUUGAUUUUUAUCAAGCUAUCAGACAGAUUCAUUGCAACUUAUCAAGCUAUCAGACAGAUUCAUUGCAACUUAUUAAGCUAUCAGACAGAAUCAUUGCAACUUAUCAAGCUAUUAGCAAUUGCCUCUCAGUUGUGA